AAGGAGAAAUGUGUCUGAAGCGGCGAAUGAAUGGGUAAUGUGGAAAGAUCUAAAAACAUUAAAGCAAUCAUUGGAUCUUUUCGUAGAUUGUGGGCGUCAUCAAGAAAUCGAAAGUAUCGCUAAGUGAAAGCUAGCGCUCGAGGCACCUGAACGUCUGCCGCUCACAGUACUGCGAUCUCUUUGUCUGAAAUUAACGAGCAUUUCAUUAUGUCCAAAACUAAUUUACUGAAGAUAAACUCUGAUAAUGCAGUGAGGAUAGAAAACUACCGCAAGUCACUAUAUAAGCAGGCAGAACAGCUGUUCUCCGAUCACAUACCUCUGAAGAUCUCACAGCUUGACAACCUGCUGAAGGGGGAUGACUUAAGUAUCACUGACCUCUCAUCUCUCCAUGCACCCCUUGACAUUCCCAUUCCUGACCCCCCUGCUCCAGAAGAUGAGGAGAUGGAGACAGAUAAAAAUGAAGAUGAUGAGAAAAAGAAGAAAGCUCCCAAGUGUGGCUUCAUCAAAGGAAAUGAGAGGAUUGUGAAGUUGCUGGAUAUUGUAAAACCAGAGAUAAUGGCUUUGAAGGAGACCUGCAUCACUGUUUCUUGCUGGAUUUAUCAUCUAAUUCCAAAAAUAGAGGACGGAAAUGAUUUUGGAGUUGCAAUUCAGGAAAAGAUCCUUGAGAGAAUUACUGCUGUGAAGACCAAGGUGGAGGGUUUUCAGACCAACAUUAACAAGUACUUCUCAGAGAGAGGUGAUGCAGUGGCAAAAGCUUCCAAAGACACACACGUGAUGGAUUAUCGCUCUCUGGUGCACGAGAAGGAUGAAGCGGCAUAUUCUGAGAUUAGAGUGAUUAUGCUUGAUAUACGUGGUUUUUAUGCUGAACUCUAUGAUGUCAUCAGCAAGAACCUGGAGAAAGUGACGAAUCCUAAAGGAGAAGAGAAGCCCUCCAUGUACUGAGACAGAUGCUUACUGGGACCAGUGCAGUUCUACAGCUAGACCUGUUUUCAGAAUUUCUAAUUUCUUCAGAUGAUUUCUGACACUCUACAGAUACAUCUUUUAAAUAGUUUGUUAGUAAGCUUGUUAAAUCAGUCAUAAACCUACAGUGUGUUGUGGUACAAAUUAUGAGUUCAUGUAAAUCUACAUGGACAUUUAUUUCAACAUAUACAAAAUAAAUCAGGAAAAUUCACAAAUGUGACGCAUUCUUAAUGCAAAAAACCACAUUAAAACCAUAAAUAAUGACUUC